AUGGCAUUGAAUCCUUCUGACAAGAAGAGUGCAGGCUUGCUUGCAGGAGUUGAGCCUGGUGAUGUAAUGCAGAAGGGCAUCGACAUUUAUGCACCUGACUUGACCAUUGAGGACUUGUGGGGUAGUGCAAGUCCUCCCACAGGCGCAGCAUUGUUGGAUAGAGUUCUUCUCUUCUAUGGAGAUGGGACGCGCAAUGUCCCAUGGUUUUUCGAAGCUCCUGACGGACAACAACGACGGUGCAUUGAGCGAAGUCCAUUGAGCCGCGAAUUGCAAGAGGCUACAGUGCUGGCAUACCGUGACAGGAUUGUCAAGGAAUCAAUCAGUCAGGUCGCAGCAGGCCGCUGGGCUGGAACGUGGAAUCACAGAGCAGAAGCUGUGUAUCGUGCAGCCCAAGAGUUUGCUUCUCACGAGAAUGUGGCGCCAGUGCUGAAGAGGGGCCUUGUCCAUGUGAAAUUCGUGCAUUGGCGGAUACCAUCAAAAGUCUGGCAGCGAUUUAUAGUCACUCACAACAGCUUCCAUCAAGGCUCUGGCCAGAACUUUCAAGAGUAUUUGGAGGACGCCUUGAAUUGUGAGUCCGAGUGGGAAAGACAUGUGUCCAAGACUGGGAUGCACUCCUCCAACCCCAAGUACAGGCAGACAUAUCGCGAUUUUGCUUUGUCCCUGGCGCACAUGUUGCAGAACCGCUACCAGAUCUGGUUGGAGUGCAAGUCCUUCUGGAACAAGCAUGUGGACUACAUCUCGAAUGAAACAACCAUGGAACCCUUGGCUGUGAUCAACGCGAUGCAUUCCCUUGCGCUGCUGCUUGUUCCUAAAGCCACAAACAAUUCCUCUGGAGAACGGCUUCCAGGAUGGAAUUUCAAGAGUGCUGAACAUGAUGCCAGCAAAAUGAACUUGCUAAACCUCCCUAUGAGUGACAGCGCAGUUGUGAAGAAGCUGACUGUUGCCCCGACAAGGGAUGCUGGCAAGGGAAGUGGUCAUGAGGGAGAGAAUGGUGGUCAGGGUGUUCAGGCUGCUCCCUUUGCUUCCUCUUCAACUUCUUUGAAAAAGAGGGCGAUUCCACCCAAGAUUGAGGAGGAACUUCGGAAAUUGGGCAUUGACCCGGGCAUUCUUGGCAAAGGGUAUGAUUGCGGUGACAAUGAUGAAAUGAAGACCAAGAAGGCAAAGACCGAGCAUGAUCAGGUGGAUGAAUCAAUGCUGGAUGAUGAAGGUGCCGCAGGACAGCAAGGCAGUCGGGAUGUGGUUGUCUGA